CCUUAACAGAAAACACAGAACUGCUGCUGAAAUAGAAAAAAGAUUGCACAUUUUGUUCACACAGCACUCCUUUUACUGACUUACCCAAAAAUGGGAGCUGAAACUUGCUUGUCUGGAUCCACAGCUUGGAGGUUUUGGAAGCAGCUACAAUGCUGAGUGAAUUACCCCCAGGCAAUGGAUGAAUUGAUGCCCUCUCUUCAUCUCAUGCUCAGCCGCCUUCUUUCUUUCUUGUUGCCUUCAGUUUUUCCUGCGGGGAUCUUUCCUACUAAAAUCUUGCCUGCUCAGAACACCAGACCGUCCCGCUCUCCCCAGACGGGGGCAGCCUUGUUAAGCGGAGGCGAAAGAGUUAAUGUUAAGCCCCGCCUCCCCGCAGGCGGAGUUACCUGCGGAAGCAUUCGGUGGAAUGCUGGGAUAAGGUCUCAGUCACCGGUGGGUAAGGUUGAGUACAGAGGUGACCUCAUCUGAGCCAUGUCAGUAGGUUCCAUUCUCCAGCGGGUGAAUGGCCUGUUUCGGCCGCAUAUGUUGACAUUCCUGCAUUAUCCGAGUCACACCAUCCAUACCUCCUGUGCUGCUCUCGCUGGCCACAACAAAUGGUCCAAAGUGAAACACGUGAAGGGCCCCAAGGAUGUCGCUCGUUCCCAGAUCUUCCAUAAGUUAAGCAUGUUGAUCCGAAUAGCAGUAAAAGAAGGAGGCAGUACCAACCCUGAACUGAACAGGAGUUUGGCCAACGUGAUUGAGCAGUGCCGGAACGUGUCCAUGCCCAAAGCCUCCAUUGAAGCAGCCAUCAGCAAAGGGGAUAAAAUCAAAACGUCCUCUUUGCUUUAUGAAGUGCGAGGCCCCGGUGGCUACACUAUGCUUAUCGAAGUACUAACAGACAACUCAAAGAGAACGUCUUCUGAAAUCCGCCAUAUUAUGAAUGUGCAUGGGGGGCUCAUUGCCGAGGGAGGGCGGCACAAUUUUGAGAGGAAGGGCAUUGUCACAGUGAGUGACAAAGACCAAUCCGGCAGUCCCAUCACCUUGGACAAAGCAUUGGAGUUGGCUAUUGAGGUUGGAGCAGAAGACGUCCAGGAAGAAGAGGAAGAGAAUGAGAAGAUGAUGCUGAAGUUUAUUUGCGCUGUGCCAAGCCUGCACCAGGUCCGUGAGAAGCUGAAGUCACUGGGCCUUUGCUUGCUUUCUUCUGGUCUUGGGUACAUCCCAGUCACCACUGUCGAGCUGUCAGACGAGGAUAUGGAACAGGCAUCGCAAAUGUUACAGGCACUCAAAGACAACGAGGAUGUUGUUCAGGUCUAUGACAACAUUGCCUAGAUGUGCAGGCCUGCCUCCUUAGGACUUCUAAAGGGACACUACUAAAGACUUGACAGCUAAAUUCUGGUUUGCAUUUUGUUUGGCCUUAUAGGCAGGACAACCCUAAAAUGCCUUUUACAGAGUAAUUCGGAUUUGACAACCAAGGGUCAGAGUUGCCGUAGUUUUUUAGGCAUCCACUUGCUGCCGUUCAACUUCUCUCAUAGUCAGAUUUCUUGUCU